CUCCGGCAAAUCACGAUGGCGACUGGAACUCUUUACACUUAUCCCGAAAACUUCCGCGCGUACAAGGCACUCAUUGCUGCCCAGUACUCAGGCGCAAAGGUAAAAGUGGCCGAUAAUUUUAAGUUUGGCGAGACCAACAAAUCGGCGGAAUUCCUAAAGAAGUUCCCCAGCGGAAAGGUGCCAGCAUUCGAGACCGCCGAUGGCAAAUACCUGAGCGAGUCUAAUGCCAUCGCAUACUAUGUGGCUAACGAGCAGCUGCGUGGUGGUAAAUGCCCCUUUGUCCAAGCUCAGGUGCAACAAUGGGUCUCCUUUGCUGACAAUGAAAUCGUGCCUGCCUCCUGCGCAUGGGUGUUCCCAUUAUUGGGUAUUCUGCCUCAGCAGAAGAACAGCACUGCCAAACAGGACGCGCUCGUCGUGCUGGAGCUGCUGAACAAGAAAUUGCUCGAUGUCACCUACUUGGCCGGCGAACGCAUCAGCCUGGCCGACAUUGUCGUCUUCAGCAGCCUGUUGCAUUUGUAUGAGUACGUUCUGGAGCCAAGCGUGCGCAGUGCAUUUGGAAAUUUGAACCGUUGGUUCGUUACCAUUCUGAACCAGCCGCAGGUUCAGGCUGUUGUCAAGGACUUCAAGAUCUGCGAAAAGGCGUUGGUCUUCGAUCCGAAGAAGUAUGCCGAAUUCCAGGCCAAGACCGGCGGCAAGCAGCAACAGCAGCCAAAACAAAAGGAGGAAAAGAAGCCCAAGGAGAAGAAGGAAGCGAAGAAGGAUGAACCCGCUGAGGAACUCGAUGCCGCUGAUGAGGCAUUGGCUCUGGAGCCCAAAUCCAAGGAUCCCUUCGAUGCCAUGCCAAAGGGCACCUUCAACUUCGAUGACUUCAAGCGUGUGUACUCUAAUGAGGCCGAGGAGAAGUCCAUUCCCUACUUCUUUGAAAAGUUCGAUCCCGAGAACUAUUCCAUCUGGUUUGGCGAGUACAAAUACAACGAUGAACUGCAAAAAGUAUUCAUGUCCUGCAACCUCAUCACCGGCAUGUUCCAGCGUCUGGACAAGAUGCGCAAACAGGCAUUUGCUUCUGUGUGCCUCUUCGGCGAGGACAAUAACAGCACCAUCUCUGGCGUGUGGGUGUGGCGUGGACAGGAUCUUGCCUUCACCUUGUCGCCCGACUGGCAGGUAGACUACGAAGUUUACGACUGGAAGAAGCUUGAUCCCAAGAGCGAGGAAACCAAAAAGCUCGUCACUCAAUACUUCUCUUGGGCCGGUGCCGAUAAAAAUGGCCGCAAAUUCAACCAGGGCAAGAUUUUCAAAUAAGCUAAACAUCAUUGCCGCCAACGCUCGCAAAAAUUAGAAAACAAAAACAAUAAAAAUUUUGAGAUUCAUAAUGCACGACGAAU